AUGGCUCCAUCCAGAAAAUCUAAAGGUGUGAAUAAGAGGUUUUCAGGUGGUAAUGAGGUUAACACUAAUAAUGGUGCUGAAUAUGCCAACAAAAGUAGGCCGAAGAAACGCAAAUGGACUGGCAAGUUGGGGCCCAAAUGGACCAAGGAGGAACUUGAACGUUUCUACAAGGCAUAUCGUAAGCAUGGUAAAGACUGGGAGAAGGUAGCUGCUGCCGUCCGCAGCCGGUCUGUAGGGAUGGUAGAAGCCCUUUACUCCAUGAACACGGCCUAUUUAUCUCUUCCAAAAGGCUAUGCCUCUGCUGCUGGACUGAUAGCGAUGAUGACAGAUCACUACUCGAAUCUGGGAGACAGCGAGAGUGAAGAAGAAGAAGUAAACGAGGCUCCAAGUACUUCUCGCAAACCCCCAAAACGUGCUCGAACAACCAAAGGUUCAGAGGGGUCACCAGUUGCAGAUCUUUCAAAAUCCCUGCCAGCUGCCUCAAAUUAUGGUUGCUUGUCUUUGUUAAAAAAGAGGCGCUCAGAAAAUAGGCCCUGGGCAGUAGGGAAACGGACUCCCCGAGUCCCAGUUUCAUACUCUUAUGACAAAGAUAAAGAAGAGAAGUAUGUUUCACCGAUUAGGCAGGGUCUGAAGUUCAAGGGCAAUGCAGUUGAUGAUGAUGAUGAUGAUAAUGUCACCCACAGGCUUGCAUUUGCACUUACGGCGGCCUCAAAAAGAGGUGGCCCCCCACAAGUUUCUCAAUCUUUUACCAGGAAAAGAGGUUCUUCCUCGCCCGUUCAGAAUGGCGAACAAAUGCGCGCUGAUUCAGAGAUGACAAGUGCAAAGCUUCGCUGUAGUGAAAUGGAUGACAGUGGUUGUGAACUAAGUUUAGGAAGUACAGAAGCUGACACCGGAGAUUAUACAAGGGAUAGAACAUUCUCGAGAGGAAAGGGAUACCAGAGAUGGAGACCAGAACUAGAAGAAAGUGUAGAUAAUCAUUUGGAUGAGAUAAAGGAAGCCUGUAGCGGGACAGAGGAAGGACAGAAACUGGGUGCUGGUAAAGGAAGAUUUGAUGCAGAAGUCGCUAAUUCAAAACUGUCAAGGUCCUGCUAUGAUAGGGCUCCCAAGAAGAAGAGCAAAAAACUUUUCUUUGGAGAAGGUGAAGAUAUUGCCUUGGAUGCCUUGCAAACUCUUGCAGAUUUGUCCUUGAGACUGCCAGACGGACCCAUGGAUACAGAAUCAUUUGUGCAUGCUGAUGAAGGAACAACUGGAAAUGUUGUCAAGUCUAAGUUGAAAGGAAAUUCUUCGACUUCGGGAGUUAAAGUCACUCCUUCCAAGUCUAAUAAACCCGUGAAAGCUGUACGUGAUGCCGUUGCUUUACCAGAGUCAAAGGAGGGAAGCCCUCAAAUUAAUGCAGGGACUCGUAAAAGGAAGAAUAAGCCCCCACAGCCAAAGCCUUCCGAAAAUGAACAGCAGAUUGGUCCUCGCUUGGGUGAAUCACAGAAGAUUGAGGUUGUUUGUGAUACGAAUACCUCCGUCGAUGAAGUCAAAUCUUCUCAUGAUGCUCCACCUGUCAAACAAAAGAGAUCUGUAAAACCUCUGGAACGAACUUCUUCGAGCGCUGAUCCUGGAAUAGAAUCAAAUGAUUCAGGUCCCUCAACAGCUCAAGGUGCAUCCGCAAGCCAGUUCAGUCUUCCUACCAAAGUACGGAGUCGGCGCAAAGUAAGCUCACCGAAAACAUUGCUUGACGAAGAUAGAAAGACUCACGAGGGCAUUAAAAAUGGUCAGCCAAAAGUUGCCAUCCCUUCAUUCGAGGACCAAGCUCUCAUUCUAAAGGAGAAACUUAGCAACUGCCUUUCUCGGUAUGAACUAAGGCGUUGGUCUGUCUUUGAGUGGUUCUAUAGUGCUAUUGAUUACCCUUGGUUUGCUAAAAGGGAGUUUGUGGAAUACCUAGAUCAUGUUGGUUUGGGUCAUAUCCCAAGAUUAACUCGUGUGGAGUGGGGCGUCAUAAGGAGUUCUCUUGGUAAACCGAGGAGAUUUUCUGAGCAAUUUUUGAAAGAAGAGAAAGAGAAGCUUAAUCAAUACCGGGAGUCAGUUAGGAAACAUUAUAGUGAACUUCGUGCGGGUAUUAGGGAAGGACUUCCAACAGAUCUGGCUAGACCUUUAUCGGUUGGGCAGCGUGUCGUUGCACUUCAUCCGAGGACAAGAGAAAUCCAUGAUGGGAGUGUGCUAACUGUUGAUCACAAUAGGUGCUGCGUUCAAUUUGAUCAACCUGACCUCGGGGUGGAAUUUGUCAUGGACAUUGAUUGCAUGCCAUUAAACCCGGCAGAGAAUCUGCCUGCCUCUCUUACCCGACAUGUUCUUGCACUAAACAAGUUCAUAGAGAACUUGAAUGAAUACAAAACAAAUGGGUCAGUUACGGAGAAAACAAUUGAAGGGCGUGCAAAGGUAAUCCAUCCAGAGAGCCUGGAAAACGCCAAUGGUUUCCCUCAUAGGCCUCCACCAAAUUAUCAUGUCAUGCAGCCUUCACAGGGCGUUCCUCUAGGUCUGGCUACACCAAUCACUAGUGGAUUUGGUGAAACCAUUAAUCCCCAACAAGGGGCAACUGCUCAGCCUUCCAUUCAUGCACACAUCCAAGCAAAGGAAGUCGAUAUUCAAGCACUAUCAGAAUUAAGCCGUGCUCUUGAAAAGAAGGAUGCUGUGGUAUCCGAAUUGAAGCGCAUGAACGAGGACGUGCUGGAAAAUCAAAGCAGCAAUCUCAGAGAUUCAGAAUCUUUCAAGAAGCACUAUGCUGCCGUAUUACUGCAGUUGAAUGAAAUAAAUGACCAGCUUUCAUCUGCGCUUUUUAGCUUACGACGGCGUAACACGUAUCAAGUAGCCACUCCUGCUAUAACCAUCGGCGAGCCUGUUUUGUACUACAACAGCUCGUUCGAUCACCCUGUUGAGGAAGUCCAAGAUUCCGGGGGUCAUGUAGCUGAAAUUGUCGGAACUUCAAGGUCGAAAGCUCAAAUAAUGGUCGAUGCAGCAAUGCAGGCCGUGACAUCUCUUAACAAGCAAGGAAGCAGCAUCGAGAGUAUCGAGGAAGCCAUCGAUUAUGUCAACAACCAGAUCUCCUCCGAUGAGUUAGCUGCACAGUUAGCUGCACCAUCUAACCCCGCGGUUCCGGUUCAGGAUGCCUCAGGAUCCCAAAAUCAGUCGACUUCCAAUGCCGUGGCCAACCACACGUCGGAUGCCAAGCCAUCCAACAACACGACCGACCUGAACGAAUCACAGAUUCCGUCGGAGCUAAUAGCUCAAUCCGUAGCCACCCUGCUCAUGAUUCAGAAAUGCACGGAGCGACAGUUCCCACCGAGCGACAUUGCUCAGGUACUCGAUUCCGCCGUAGCGAAUCUGAAGCCGUCGUGUUCGCAGAACCUUCCGGUUUACGCCGACAUACAGAAAUGCAUGGGGAUCAUACGGAACCAAAUACUUGCCCUCAUACCCACGUAA